CAGACACAUUAGCGGGCUACACAUGUACGUGCAAACCCGGCUUUUAUGGGGAUGGAUUCAACUGCAAUAGCUUUAACGAAUGUAUUGAGGGGACCGACGAAUGUGAUCAAAAUGCCGUGUGUUAUGACAGGCAGGAAGGCUAUGACUGUAUUUUCAAUGAUGGAUUCAUACCCGUUGAUGGAAUAGUUGCAAGUGGCCCAGUCGAAGGUGAGGAUAUUGAGGAAUGUCUUACACAAGCGGAUGAUUGUCCCAUCAAUACAGUAUGCACUAACACAAUUGGGUCAUUCACAUGUGACGCAAUCGGCGCACGGAGACGCCGACGCUCAAUUGAAA